CGUAGCCCUUGUCAUUACCGUCGCCAUGGUUGAAGGACGCUGCAACUGCGGACAAAUCAAGGUCUCCAUUCCCGCGAUACCUGACCAAUCGGCAAUCUGCUUCUGCUCCAAUUGUCGUCGUGCCGGCUCCUGUGCCGGGUCGAUUCUCUUCCCUGUUGACAAACCAGAUGUUACAAUCCACGACGCUGGCGGCAAUCUCAAGACGUACAAGGACACGGAUACCAAGAGCGGAAAUACCGUCACGCGGAAAUUCUGUGGCAUUUGCGGAUGUCCCGUUGCUUCAUUUCUCGGCGAGGAGUUUCCAAAAGUCUUUGUAAAGGCUGGCUUGUUUGAAGAAUUCCCUGUUCCGGGGUACAAGUCGUUUGAACAUGAGAAGCCGGGCUGGCUGAGCAUUGCGGAAUCCUAAGGACGCAAACUGUAGACAAGAGUUGCACUCAAGAAUCGACAUGUCAGUAAACUCGCAUUACGCCGUCAUACUUCGAUAUCCUAGUCUUAACUCUACCAUCUCAAUCCAAAUCAAAGAAACGUUACAGUGCAUUCACGCAAUGCUCGCCUGACCC